AGGUCCUGAAACAAAACAAAUCCAGCUCCUCUCCAGAUGCUGGGGUUUGCGGUCUUGUGCUUCAUAGAAUGCGGUAUAUGUUCUCUAUAUACCGUGAUAAAAUGUGAUAUUUGAAUAAUUAACAAGUUAAUUUGUAGAAUAAAAUAUGUGUAAGCUUAACCCUUUUUGUCUUCUCAUUCUACAAUUAUUCCGGCGAUACAAUUGUCUGCAAGCUCAUAGUCAUCAGAUCAGAUAGUUUGGUCUUUUUAUCUUCUUCAACCACUCAGGUCAAGGACCAUGUCCAUCUCGGAGGAGCAGGACGGCGUCAGGCUGCAGGAGCAGUUCACCUUCUUCACCAAGCCCAAGAUCCAGUGUCGCGUCACACUCACCCAGUCGUAUGUCGAGGUGGAGAACCUCACCACUAAAGUUCUCGAACGGAUUAACGCCGGCGACAUCAUCGGCUGCCACUGCAUGCGUCCCAAGGGCGCGCCGGGCGGCCCCUCGCCGGCCGCCGGCUCCGGCGACCGGGCCGCCGCCGAGUUCCGCGGCACCCAGGUCCGCGAGCUGGACGCCUACAUCUGCAUCUACGCGUACACGUGCAAACGGCGCGGCGACGGCGCCGGCGUACACAUCAAGCGGCGUGCGCACAUCUUCCGCGUGGGCAAGAAGCCGACGUACGAGGCCAACCUGCGCCUGGCCGCCUUCUGGAGGACGCUGGUGCUGUGCGUGGCGCGCGGAGUAGCCAUCACCAAACCGGCGCUGGCGCAGGCAGCGCACGUGGCCGACCUGAUCCCGCCGGUGAAAAAGCUGCUGAUUCUGAUCAACCCGUGCUCCGGACAGGGAUAUGCGCAGCAGGUGUUUGGUCAGCGCGUGCUGCCCAUCCUCUCGGAGUCGGACGCGCCGCACGAGGUGGUGGUGACGUCACGCGCCGGCGAGGCCCGCCAGCUGGCGGCAGAGGCCGACCUCAGCCAAUGGUCGGCAGUCGUCAUUGUCUCCGGCGACGGCCUGCUCUACGAGGUGUAUAACGGCAUCCUCAGCCGCGCCGACUGGCACCGAUGGGUUGACUUCCCCGUGGCCCUGGUGCCGGCCGGAUCCGGAAACGGCAUGGCCGCCUCAGUGGCGCACGCCAGCAACCUACUGCCGGCCUUCAUGCAGAACCCCGUGCUGACGGCCUCGCUGGCGCUGGCCAAGCGGCUCCAGCUGCAGGUCGACCUGAUGAUGGUGCGGACACAGACAGAGGAGUUGGUGGGGUUUCUCUCUCUGGGCUGGGGUCUUCUGGCCGACAUUGACAUUGAGAGUGAGCGGCUGCGCGUGUUGGGCGGCGCGCGCUUCACCGUCUGGGCCGCCGCCCGGCUGCUCACGCUGAAAACCUACCGCGGCAAGGUGUUCUACCUGCCCGGAGAGAGGACUGGAGCGCGGACAGAGGAGCGGAGGAUAGAGCGGCCCCGACUGGAGAGAGCCAUCACCAUCGAGAGCGGCUCGUCGUCCGCCGGCGGCCGGCGGCGGCCCGUCUCCGAGGGCGCGCCCACCACGCCCGCCUCUGAGCGGGACGUCUUCACCGAGCUGAUGCUGGACCAGGUGCCGCCCCCGGCCGAGUCGGACCCCGGCCGGCGCCGGCUGAGCUCUGCAGACGCGGAGCCGGCAGUGGCGCGCCACCAGUUCCCGCCGCUGGACCAGCCGCCGCCCGACGACUGGGCCUGCAUACAGGGCGAGUUUGUGCUCGUGUACGGCUCGUUGCCGUCUCACAUCAGCGGCGACAUGCACCUGAACCCGGGCGCCGAGCUCAGCGACGGCCUGCUGCACCUGCACAUCAUCCGCGCCGGCGUCACCCGCUCGCAGGUGCUCCGGUACCUGCUGGGCCUGGCGGACGGGCAGCACACGGAGCUGCCGUUCGUGGAGCGGAUAGCGGUGCGCGCGGUACGACUGGUGCCGGAGACCGCCGGCGGCUACAUCACCCUGGACGGCGAGGUGGUCCAGUACGGACCCGUGCAGGCCGAGGUGCGCAGGGGACUGGGACGCGUCCUCUGCCCCCGGCUGCCCUGAGAACGGUCCCCAGCACUCGGAGGGAAGGUCAGGAGUCCGCCACCGACUGGCAGUCGCGCUGCACUCCUCGGCACCUACAGCCACCAGUGGACGGAUGAACAGAUCACAGGGAGAGGAGGUGCGGUCGGCAGCUUUGGAGAGAGGGGCGGAGAACUGGCGGCAGCUGCAGAGAGGAAAGGAGUCAGAAGGGAGGCGGGGAUUCAGCGGGAGCUCUUCCGCCGCGGUGGAAAUGUGAACGGUGACUGCAGCGAGCCGAGUGGAUAUUUGGGGCCACAGUCGACGGCUCCAACACGGCGAUAGGGAUGGACCAGUACCGGCCGCUAUAGUUAAAUAGUGCUGGACAAGUACCAGUCGUGCCCACGCCGGAUUUAGUGGUGGACAAACGGCUGGCGUUAAUUGCUCAAUGGCAGCACCGUGAUGGACGGAAUGAAGUGGACGUUGUUGCUCCGGUUACCAUGGUGAUUCGUGACUCUCGAGGACAGCGGCAGGGUCGGUUUCGGUGAUAGGUUCGUUGGACCAAGUGCUCUGAAGCUGCACUGAGGGCUGGUCGUGAUGUCAUGCAGUGCUGGUGAUGGCCUAUUCCAGUGACUAGUUUGUGGUAUCGUGUGGCCGUUUGGUUUACCGCCGGGCUGUUAUAUUCUGGCGGUUGUGCCGGUCACAGGGGCUCACACAGGUCACACCGUGUCCGGGACGGGACGCUGUGGGUCACACUGGUCACACACGCUGUGUUUGAGGGGUUCCGAUUGCAGCCGCGCUUCCCUGCGGCCGCGGCGGGCCCUGACGGACCGGGGCCCCUACCCCCACCCCUUCCCCGACCCGGGACCGGGCUUAGUCUGGCUGUGACCUCGGCGAUUGUUGCCCCUCCCUUCUCUGUGUGUGACGUCACACCUGGGGGUCUGUUGGCGGUCAGGGCUGGGGGGGGGGGGGGGGCUGGGAGGGGCUCGGUGCGGUAGCAAUAGCAGAGGAUGACUAGAGAAGAGUAUGACUACACAGUGACUACGCGGUGACUAUGUGGGGACUGAAUAACGAUGGGAGGCGGCCGGCGAGAACUCAAGUGCUCAGUUAUCCGCCAAAGUGGAGCUGUGCGACGAGUAGCUCUCUGUGUGGUAGCGAGUGUUUACAUCACCAGUGUUGAGAACAGCGGCUGGGAUGGGCCGCUCACGGUUUCACCGGGCCAGGAAGGGGUACGAGGCGAUAGAGCUUGUUUUUACUCCAUAUGUGUGAAGAGCAGCGGCUGUCAGUUACGGCCUUAGUCGCAACGUACCGCAUAGCAGCAUUCCCGUGCAAUUAAAUUGUAAUAUUGUGUCGAUUGCGAGAGACUGUGAUUGGUGACCAAUGCUAAUUGCAAGUGUGUACUUGUAUAUAUUGGUCUGGCAUACAGCCGCCAGCGUUUCGAAUGUGAUCCUACAUGUGUAUUCCACAUAUCUGUAUAUUUUGUUUGAUUAUUCUCAGAGUUUAGUUGUUGUUCGGGUGUGACGCCAUUCGCGGCGAAUUCGGCUGGUGUUUUUAUGUCUGUGGAGCUCUGAUAUUCUGCCUGUGAUUUGGAGUCCGUAGUCUGAGUAGGACCGGUUGGGGGUCUGUCACAGCAGCUGUUACUCUGACGGCUUUGACCGGGGCAGACGGGGGACCGGUCCCAACCCGACCCGACCGGUCAGUGGGUGUGACCACAUAUCAGCGGCCGGGCGGACCCGACCGGGAAACACCCCCCGGCCGGGUCCCGGGUCCGUGGAACGCCGAACCACGGCGGGACGGGCCGCGGGGUCUGCUGACGAGAGAGAACGAGAUAAAUAGAUUUGAUUCAAUGCCAA